AUGGCCUUUUCUGGGCGCACAAGUGGUGGAUCCCGGCAAUUCUCAUCUCGGAGUGGGCUUGGGGGGGGAUCUAUGAGAAUGUCUAGUUCUAGCAGCGGAGGAGGCUUUGGGGGAAGCGGGUUUGGUUUUGGUAGUGGAUCUGGUGGAGGUUUUGGUGCUGCCUCUAUGCUUGGUUCAGGCUCUGGUUUCAGUGGCGGUUUUGUGGGUAGCUCAGGUGGAGGCUUCGGAAGCAGUUUAGGCAGUGGCUUUGGCGGAGGCUUUGGCAGUGGUUUAGGAGGUAGCUAUGGUAGCGGCUUAGGCAGCGGUUUUGGUGGAGGUUUAGGAAGUGGUUUUGGUAGUGGCUCAGGCACUGGUUUUGGAGGCAGCUUUGGCACUGGUGGUGGUGGCAGCGGCGGCGGUGGGGAUGGUGGCCUUCUUUCUGGCUCAAAAAAAGAAACCAUGCAGAACCUCAAUGACCGUCUGGCAGCUUAUCUGGACAAAGUACGAUCUCUGGAGGAGGCCAAUAAUGAUUUGGAACGCAAAAUACGAGAGUGGUAUGAGAAAAACGGCCCUGGUGCUGGUAUCCCUGGAUCUGGGAAUGACUAUAGCAAGUACUAUCCAAUAAUUGAAGAUCUCCGAAACAAGAUCAUAAAUGCGACUAUUGACAAUGCAAGAAUUAUUCUGCAGGUCGAUAAUGCCAGACUGGCUGCUGAUGAUUUCAGACUGAAAUAUGAGAAUGAAGUGGCUCUUCGCCAGAGCGUGGAAGCUGACAUCAAUGGUCUACGUAGAGUUCUUGAUGAGCUGACCUUGACAAGAGCUGAUUUGGAGAUGCAGAUUGAAAGCCUGAAUGAGGAACUGACUUAUCUCAAGAAGAAUCAUGAAGAGGAGCUACAGGGCUUCCAAGGCAGUACAGCUGGCCAAGUCAGUGUUGAAAUGGAUGCUGCUCCAGGAAUUGACCUCACCAAGCUUUUGAAUGACAUGAGAGGGCAGUAUGAAGUCAUUGCUGAGCAAAACCGUAAAGAGGCUGAAGCAUGGUUCAAUGAAAAAAGUGGGGAGCUGAAAAGGGAAAUCUCCACCAAUACUGAGCAGCUUCAGUCAGGAAAGAGAGAGAUCACAGAUCUGAAACGGACUCUUCAGAGCUUGGAAAUUGAACUACAAUCUCAACUUGCCAUGAAAAAAUCCCUUGAAGACACUUUGGCAGAAACAGAAGGAGGUUACUGUGCUCAACUUUCACAAAUGCAACUUCAGAUUGGGAAUCUGGAGUCUCAGCUGUUUCAGGUCAGGGCUGAUAUGGAGCGCCAGAACGCCGAGUAUCAGCAACUUCUAGACAUCAAGACCCGUCUGGAAAUGGAGAUUGAGACCUAUCGUCGCUUGCUAGAUGGCGAGAGUGCAGGUCAGGGAGUUACAUUUGAAAGCUCACCUUUGACCGGGUCCAAAUCACAAACACAGUCAUUGGAUUCUUCUCAGGAUCCUACGAAAACUAGAAAGAUCAAGACAAUUGUCGAGGAAGUGGUGGAUGGAAAAGUUGUUGCAUCCCAUGUUAAGGAAGUUGAAGAGAAGAUAUAAGACACAAUCUGAUAUUGCAAAGGAUCCAUUCACUCCAUUCCUCUUUAAAAGCAGUAGUAGAUAAAUAAUUUUUCUUUUGUAUGAAGUAAUAAGAUUGGCUUAUUUACUAAGAUUCUUUUACACACAACAAAACAUACAUUUCCAUUCUCAACAGUCAUGCAAUAUACUUUCUGCUUCAGUCGCUAGGUAUUUGCCUAUAUUAUUUCCACUAUGUACUUUAAAACUAUCAUCAGUUCUUUGUUCAGUAACUGGA